GCAACAGUGCCAUAAAACAUGUCAAUAAUUAAUGUGGACUUUUGAGUCGUUUUGACACUCAGCGGUGCAGAUUUUGUCUCGACUGGAGGAAACGUUGCCUUGACCGACGGAGCAGCUUCACACCGUCGCUCCUGCAGACGUCAUCAUGAAGCCUUCGUCUCCUCCUCGUCCUCCUCGUCUGUCUCUGCAGAGUCCAGAGCUGCAGUCUGAGUUCUUCAAAGAGUUUCGGAACAAACUUCGUCCUCAGAGAGACGUCUGUGAUUCUGGUGGUGCCUCCCCUCUGUCCUCCCCCCCGUCCUCCCCUCUGUCCUCCCCCUUCAGUCCAGCUCUGUCCUCCCCCUUCAGUCCAGCUCCAUCUCCUUCGUCCUCCUCUUCAUCGUCUCCCAGCUCCACCAUCAGUCCAGCUCGUCUGUCGCUGUCCAGCCCUGAGCUGCUGUCAGAGCUCAGAGAGUCCAGGACACGCCCCCUCAAACAUGUCCCCGCCCACAAGGGAAUGACCACCGUCUUCUCUGGACGAGGACGAGGACGAGCACAGAACUCUAACUCCACCCCCAACUCCAAACCAGCCAAUCAGAAGACUUCACGUUGAAUUCCUGAACAACCAGUACCUCAGUCCAACAUGGACUCUAAUUCUGCUUGAAUGAUUGUUUUAUCCCAAUCUGGAAUCACCGACCCUGAACCCUUUUAGAACAAGGCUGAAGACUACAAUUCCUGGAGCGUCCACUAGAGGCAGACUCCAGAAUCUUCAGAACAACAUGUUAAAAAAUUCCCAGCAGAAAUAAACGUUUUUACAGCCUGGUGUUCAA